CACAAGGAAAUCAUUAUUUGCCACUGCACCCUUAUACCUCUCUCACCUCCUCCUCAUGUUUGGACAAAAACAAACAGAGCUGGAGCCAAUGCAGGGGGAGGCAUACACAAGAGCCAGUAUAUAUAUGGAGCUGCCCACGAUGCAUUUGGGUCCUUUCACGGCUGUACAAGCUGCACCACUGUGUCCUGUCACUGUAGGACCCUCUGGCCCCAGGCAUGGCUCGUCUGGUCCUCCCUGUCCUCCUCCUGCUCUGCUUCUCCUUGCUCCACUUCAGCUGCAGCCAGCCGUCUCGCACCAGGAAGGCUGUGUCACCCCGUCAGUCUGGAGAUGCAGCUGCAGAAGAAGAUGAUGUGAAGUCUCAGCUGGAGAGGCUGUGGCAGGAGGUGAACUCCCUGAAGGAGAUGCAGGCGUUACAAACAGUCUGUCUCCGUGGCAUCAAAGCUCACAGGAAGUGUUAUCUGACCAUCGAGGAGCCCAAACAUUACCACGAAGCAAACGAAGACUGUAUUGCACAAGGAGGAACUCUUGCAACGCCACGAGACACGAUGGAGAACAAUGAACUGAGAGACUAUGCCAAGAGGAGCGCUCCAGGAUCCAAAGACUUCUGGAUCGGUGUGGCAGACAUCGUGAAAGAAGGCCAGUAUGUUGAUGUCAACAGCCUGCCGGUCAGCUACUUGAACUGGGACCGAUCCAAGAAACAGCCCACCGGAACCAAGAGGGAGAGCUGCGUUGCUCUGUCGGUGGUCGCACAAGGAAAGUGGUACGAUGAGGUGUGUCGCAGCCUCAAGAAGUACAUCUGUGAAUAUGUCAUUCCAUAAGAAAGACCAGACGAGAGCAGCUGUUAACACAUUAAAAUGUGCUGUCAAAUCUGUACUAAACCAUAAAGGAAAUUUCUUUUCUUUUUAUUAAUUAGGUUGCUAAUUAUCCUAACAGAUCCUCAUGUCAUGACUGAACAGCACAAGAAGUAAAUAAUUCUUGAUGAAGUUUCAUAGAAAUAAACAAGAAUGUACACUUUUGUUAUUUUCUUCUGUUCAUUUUGAACAUGAAACAUAUGAGACACUACAGACACCAAGUACACAUUUACAUAAAAAGGUAAUUUAAGUUGUAUUAACUUAUGUAUCUCAAAAUGAAAAGUAGACAGAUGUAGGAGA